CCUGAAUGCAGCAUAUCGUUGUUUUCCCUUAGCAGUACAGACGCCUACUUUGAAUGGCGUCGUUGAAUUAUUUGGUCUCAGCGCAAUGAUGCUUCUUUAAAACAGUUUAAUAGCCCAAUUGGUAGGACGUAGUGCGAUGCGACAACUAUUGAAAAUUAUUUAUAGGUGACUCUAACAUUUGGUUCAUGGGUAAAGCUAAAAGCUAGCUAGCUAGCUCGUACUGUUUAUGACAGAGAGGACAGGAGGAGACUCGGGUAUCACCUCUGACAACAUUCAGGUGAAGCUCAUUCCAUUCACAAAGUUUUAAGUCCUGUUAGAAAGUUUACAGGCAUGGCCACACGGAUAGAGUGUAUAUUUUUCAGUGAGUUUCAUCCAACUCUGGGCCCAAAAAUAACAUAUCAGGUACCUGAGGAGUACAUUUCAAGGGAGUUAUUUGACACUGUUCAAGUGUACAUCAUCACCAAACCAGAGCUACAAAACAAAUUAAUCACAGUGACUGCUAUGGAUAAAAAGUUGAUCGGCUGUCCUGUGUGCAUUGAACAUAAAAAGUACAGUAGAAACGCCCUCCUCUUUAAUCUCGGCUUUGUUUGUGAUGCUAGCACCAACACGUGCGCUCUUGAGCCAAUUGUCAAGAAGCUGUCUGGGUACCUCACAACUUUAGAGCUGGAGAGUGGCUUCAUAUCAAACGAGGAGAGCAAGCAGAAACUUUUGCUCAUAAUGUCGACUUUGUUAGAAGAUCUCAACGCUACAGGAGCCUGCACGCUACCUAUAGAUGAUUCCAACACCAUCCACCUAAAGCUGAUCCAGCUGAGAAAGGAUCCACCGAUUGUUCAGGAAUAUGACGUUCCUGUUUUUACCGAGUGCAAAGACGUUUACAUCAAAUCUCAGUGGGAUCUCACUACUCAACAGAUCCUGCCGUACAUUGAUGGAUUCAGGCACAUCCAGAAAAUCUCUGCCGAAGCAGACGUGGAGCUGAAUCUUGUUCGGAUCGCUGUGCAAAAUCUCCUGUAUUAUGGGGUUGUGACUUUGCUGUCAAUAUUCCAGUACUCUAAUGUGUACUGCACAACUCCCAGAGUUCAGAGUCUUAUUGACGACAAGUCCAUCCAGGAGGAAUGCCUCAGCUACGUCACUAAGCAGGGUCAGAAACGUGCCAGCCUUAGAGACGUGUUCCAGCUCUACUGUGGUCUGAGUCCAGGAACCACAGUGCGAGAUCUUUUCUCCCGCUACUCGCAGCAGCUUCAGCGGGUCGAUGAGAGGAGGCUGAUCCAGUUUGGACUGGUGAGAUCUCUGAUUCGACGGCUGCAGAAGUAUCCCGUUAAGGUGGUCCGUGACGAGAGAAGCAGGCUGCCUCGACUGUACACCGGCAGUCAUAGUUAUGAUGAGAUCUGCUGCAAAACGGGUAUUAGUUACCAGGAGCUGGAUGAGCGUUUGGAAAAUGACCCCAAUAUUGUUAUAUGCUGGAAGUGAUGGCAAAUAAAACGUUCCUGAGCGAUGCAGAGAUGCCUCAACCAAAGGUGCCUUGAACAGGAGAGACUUCUUUAAACAGCAGUGACAAAAAGAUGUUUUGUAUUUUGUACAAGCUUAAUUUUUAAUGCAAUUUCUUUGUAAUCAAAAGCUACUAUCAUUUUUUGUUUUGAUCAACUUAUGAAAGAGAGCUGGUGUAAUUUAACAUCUAAACUGCAUUUUCAUGUAUUUAUAAGCAGAGUAUUAUUAAAAAGAACAAAA